AUGGUUGUCCUGGUUGUGGUCCUGGGCGCCUCGCUGGUUUCGCUCCUCGAGCUGCAGUACAUGGCCAACGUGGCAUCGACGGCCGCCAUCUCGGGCCUUCGUCUCGCUAUUAACGAGGACAUUCGUGGGCUCUCCAUCGAGCUCAUGCUUGAGGACUCUGUGGUGCUCGGCGAGUUUGCGCACGUCCUAUUGCCGUUUGAUCGUGUACCCUGGCGAGAGCUCGUCUCCCAAACGCGCCCAGCAUCGGUCCACAUCACGCUUCCGAGCAAGGUGCCAACCACGCGCUCGCUGCUACAGAUCGCGCUCGAUCGCAUGCUAGAGGCACAGCGGUACUUUGCGCUCAACAGCAGGAACACGUUUGCGGUGCCAGUCGACGACACCCUCGAAAAGGUCGGGACGUGCCUCCGUGUUAACCGCAGCCUUUGUCGGAGCGAAAGCGAUCCGCUCCACACCGUCACCUCUCGCGGGCUCGACAGUCUUGUGCUCGAGUACGUGGCGCGGGGCGAGGCUGUGAUGCGGGCGCGGUCCGAGACGCUAUCUCCCAAGUUCUCGCCGGUUGUCGACCUCGAGGCGCUGUACAACGCGGAGAUGCUCGACGGCCUGCUGCUUUCGCUGCGUGGCACAGUUACCUCCAUCGACCGCAAUGCGUCAUGGAAGGAUCUCCCGCUUUAUGCCUUUCUCUUCCAGCUCCUCGUCCUGGUCCUCUUCUUCGCCUUUGCCAUCGUUCCAAUGAUCCGCAUGCUCCGUGCCAACAACCGGCAAACCUUUUUCAUGCUCGGUCUCAUUCCGCAUGCCGUUGUGACAACCGUCCACUCGGUUGCCGAGUACUUUGAGCUCGAUGUGUAG